AUGUCUGCUUGUCUUGAUUAUACAAUCAAUGAAACAGCGAAGGAUGGUAUGCAAGCAUCUUCAUGGAAUGAGAGCAAUCAAGGGACGGAUGAGGAACAGAGAAAUUUAAUAUCAGCCCUUGUAGGAUUUCUUAUUGGAGGGACUGCCUUCAUCCUAAAUACACUAGUCUUUAUAACUCUGAUCGUCAGCAAAGAACUUCGCCAAAACACACACCUCAAUUUGGUCCUUUGUCUGUCCGUCAGUGAUCUUGUUCUCGGACUGAGCAUGUGUGUUGGUGGUAUCCGACUGUUUAGGCCACAGUGGGCCACCUAUUAUGUACCAUGCGUCAUGACCAGUGUGUUGUUCAUCAGUGGCAUUACACUUUCUUUUUGCCAAACUUUUCUCAUAAGUUUUCAUCGUUUCCUGAAGAUAUCCACAACUGACCUGGAUAAAAAGUUACUGCAGAACAACCGAAAGUAUGUAGUUUACAUCCUUUUCUGGCUGAUUGUUCUUGGUUUUAAUUUAUCUAUGGUUCAGAUACGUCACGUGGCAGAAAAAUUACCAUUUUGCAAGUUUAAGUGUGUAUUUGGCCAUCGGUACCCUAUUAUGGCAAUUUAUUUUCAGUCUACGACAAUAUCCCUGUUGUCGUUGACAAUUUUAUUUUACUGUUUAACAAUUUGCCGAAUGCGUCAAAGAUACAGAAGAACGUUUGCUUGGCAUGCUCAUCAGAGUACAACGGUGUCGAACAUUUCCAACCAAAUUGGGCCCACAUCGAACUCUGGAGGCGAACAGCUGACUAACAAAAUGAAUCAGAAGUUAUUUGGAUCUUUGAAGCUUAUUGGAAUUAUCAUUGCUGCGCUUUUAUUAUGUACCGGGCCUAUGGUUAUUGCUUCUUUCUUUGAGUCCUUAACACAGAAACAACUCUUUAUUGUCGCUACACUCUCUUGCUUCAAUUCUGUUGUUAAUCCUUUUAUAUAUGCAUUUAAUAUGGAAAAACUAAGGCGAGAAUGGAAAGCUAUCUGGCAAAUGAUUAAGACACUCUGA